GGGCGGUGACUCCUGCGGGACAUGGCCGAUGCUUCCUCCCUGUCCCUGCAACUGCUAGCAGCACUACGCGAGGAGGAGGCGCGGGCUGUGGAGAAGUUGCUGCGCCUCGGGGCAGACCCCAACUUGGUGCUGGACGAUGGCGCGGCGGCGGUGCACCUGGCGGCCAGAGCGAGCCACCCGCGCGCCCUGCAUUGCCUUAGAAUGCUUCUGCGCUGGGGCGCGGACCCCAAUGCUCGGUCUGCGGAGGCGCUGACGCCCGUGCAUGUGGCUGCCGCGUGGGGCUGUUGCAGUGCCUUGGAGUUGCUGCUGAGCAGAGGGGGUGACCCCACACUGCGGGACCAGGACGGGCUCAGGCCCUUGGACUGGGCACUACAGCAGCAACAUCACAAUUGCGCACGUGUGCUGCGGGAGCUGGACACGCCCACCCGAAAGCCGAAUGAGACCCCAGAGCCCACAGCAGGGUCUCCUGGAGCCUCGCAGGACUCGAAGUUGCACAUGCAUAGAGCUGAGCUGGAAGUGGAGCCCGUGGAGGUGGCUGUGCAGCCCCAGAGCCCUGAGGCCACUGAGAGCUCGGACUACAGCAGCGAUGCCUCAUUUGUCACCGCAGUGGAGGACUCUCUGCAGCCCAGGCGCCCUGGGGGGAUAUGCGAGCUCAUGGCCAGCCUGUGGGUAACCCGUGGGGCCGCGUCAGCUGGGGAGGGGGCACCCAACUGCCAGUCACAGGCCCUGACAUUGACCGAAAAGUCCACGGACAAACCCUUACUGCUUGGUGAUGGGGAUCUGGGAGCCUUGCACCCCCAUGGCUCCGUUCCCCCAAUGUCCGACCUGCAGCUCCUUCAGGCCCUCCGGGCUCUGGGCUAUAGCCCUGGACCUGUCACACCUUUCACCCGAGGACACUACCUGCGGCGGCUGCAGGAAGCCCAGGCUAGCCCUGGGCAUAGCCCAGAACUGGCAGAGGCGCUAAGGACGGGUACCGUCCCUGACUGCCAGGUGGAUGAGGCAGCCCUGGCUCAGCACUUUCAGCGGCCGGAUCCGUCGAGGAAGUGGCGGGAAGGCAUUACAAAGUCUAGUUUUACAUAUCUACUUCUCGACCCCAGGCUGACGAAGGACCUGCCUGCCCGAGCCUCUUCCCUCACGCUGGCCCAGUGUCUGCAAUGUUUUGUGCGAGCCAUCUUCUAUGUGGGCAAGGGGACCCGUGCCCGGCCAGAUGCCCACCUCUGGGAAGCCCGUGGCUACCAUGACCAGCCAAGGAAACAGGUCUGUCCCAAGAUCCGCCGGAUCUUAGACAUCUGGGAUAGUGGCCGGGGCAUCAUCUCUCUACACUGCUUCCAGCAUGUGGUGGCCGUGGAGGCGUACACGCGGGAGGCUUGCCUGUUGGAUGCCCUAGGUCUCCAGACACUGACCAAUCAGAAACAGGGGCACUACUACGGAGUAGUUGCCCAUUGGCCACUUCCUCGGCGUCGGCGAUUGGGCGUAUACCUGCUACAGCGUGCUCUGCUGGUCUUCCUGGCUGAGGGGGAGAGAGAGCUGAGGCCACAGGACAUUCAGGCUCGAGGCUGAGUGCUGAGGAUGUGACUGUGAAUCCUGAGCCAUCAAGGUGUCUUGAGUGUCCCAGUGGCGGAUCCCUGACUGCCGUGCCCAGUUUUAGCUUCAGAGGACUGUGUUUUCGUGUGUGUGUGUGUGUGUGUGUGUGUGUGUGUGUGUGUGUGUGUGUGUGUGUGGUGAAUAUGUGACAGUGUGUCUUAUUUGGGAUCCAUGGUGACAGUGGGUCUCACUGGGGAUCCAUGAUGCUUCUGGAA